UGCAUUUUGCCAACCGCACCCUCUGUUAUGUGCGUCAAGAAUUUAGAAAUUUUAUAUUAUCCGUAAUGGUGGCCGACCGUGUGCAUUCUAAAACUAUUAAAUAAUCAUGUCGCUAGAGACUCGAUCUAAUUCAGCUCUGUUUAAAAGAGCAGACCAACUAAAACGUUGGGAAGAAUCAGAUACAAAUCGAGAACCAGUGUCACCGAAACAAAAAACUCGGAAAAUUAAAUUUUCUUCGGGAUGUGUGUUUCUCGCGGCUUGUGCUGCUGGUGAUAAAAAAGAAGUGUUGGAAUUGUUACAUAAAGGAGCUGACAUCAAUACUGCAAAUGUGGACGGAUUAACAGCCCUACAUCAGGCAUGUAUCGACGACAAUCUCGACAUGGUGGAGUUCCUCGUGGAGAACGGGGCGGACGUCAACAGGGGCGACAACGAAGGUUGGACCCCUUUGCACGCCACUGCCAGCUGCGGGUUUCUCUCGAUCGCGAAGUACCUCAUCGAAAAGGGGGCCCACGUAGCGGCAGUUAAUAACGAUGGACAAUUGGCACUUGAUAUUGCCGAGAGCCAAAAAAUGGAAGGACUACUCAGGGAAGAAAUUGAGGAUAGAGGCAUCGACUGCGAAGCAGCUAGGAACGAAGAAGAAUUGGUGAUGUUGAGGGAUGCCAAAGAUUGGUUAGCGACAAAAAGUUCCUUAGUUAACGUACCACACCCUAAAAACGGAGCUACACCUUUACAUGUAGCCUGUGCCAAAGGUUAUGCCGACGUUAUAAAAAUAUUAUUACAAUGUGGAGCUGACAUUGAUGCGCAGGAUGUUGACGGCUGGACCCCUCUACAUGCAGCUGCGCACUGGGGCCAAAAGGAAACGUGCCAAAUAUUGGCUGAAAGUUUGGCUGACAUGGAAGCUAAAAACUUCGUAGGACAAACAGCAUUUGACUUGUGUGAUACUGACAUGUUAUCGACAUUGGAAGAUCUUAGGAAAAAACAAAAUAAAGAAGACGUAUUUAAUAGAAGAAUGGCCAAGAAGAGGGCCGAUAUUAACGAUAGGAAUUUGGAAUCUGAGACGCCUACCAAAGUGAAAAAGGUUGAGCUCGAAGGGACGAAAGUGAUUAGAAAUAUAGAAAUGGACGUAUCAAGCGAAAGCGAAUCGGGAUCAGAAACAGAAUCAGAGAGCAGCUCUGAGAGCGAAUCAGAAAGCCCCGACGACGAAAAGAAAAAUAACCUGAAUGCCAACAAUGAAAUCACAACGAACACUACUGUACCCCAGAAGAUCGUUGAAGACAAAGAGGAUGUUACUUUAAGGAAGAAACCGUAUACAAAACAGAAUUCAGAUUUGAGUCCAACAAAACUGAAUAGUACGAAUAAUUUGACUAAUUCCACGGAAUCUAUAAAGAUUGAACCAGAAGUUACUCUCAGGAAACCUCCUAUUGUACAAAAUGAAAAACCGACUAAAAAAGAAGACAACGAUACACCGGUCAGUACCGCUGCAACCACAAAUACCACAACUAACAUAUCACAAGAAAAGACUUCACCAGUGACUAGUCCACAGCCUACUACUAACAACCAACAACAAUUGCGAAGCGGUCUAAAGUUGCAAAUGCCACCUCCGCCUACAACAACGGUUACCGCCCCUACACCGGUAACGAAUUCUUCCACGCCCUCCACUCCUACAACGCCGGGAGGAACCAGGCUUCAGAUGCUCAAAAAUUUCUUUAAGUCGUUUGUUCCUCCAGUAAGGGAUGAAGAAAGUGAAACUCAAAGAAAAGCGCAUGCCAAGAGGGUAAGGGAGACUCGACGAUCCACUCAGGGGGUAACUUUAGAAGAAAUCAAAUCCGCCGAACAGUUAGUAAAACAGAAGAAUCAACCUGGUGGCGGCAAUGAGGAAAAGCCUGGAGCAAAUGGAGACUCCCCCAACGGAAUCGUAGUUACCGCCACCAUCACAACCGGUACUCCCACAGUUAUAACAACUCGUGAAAGUGAGGAACCACCCGCAAUACACGAAAGGCGACCAUCGUGGAGGUUGAGGGUAGACAAUGGUACCAGCAAGUUCUUGUUAGAAGACGCUUCAAAACCUUCGGACCCGCCAAACACGCCGUCGAUUAUUCGUAGGACCAUCGCAUCCAUCCAAAGACCUUCUUCAGCGCCUCUAGAGACUGCAGAUACUACAAUUACACUGCCUUUAAGAAAACCCAAAUCCGUAGAAGAAAAAGAUCAAGAUAAGGAGAACGAUAUUAGAAAUGCUCAAGCAACUCUAGCCACACAAGCAGCUAUUCAAAGGAGAAGAAGGCCGAAGAGGAGAUCGACAGGGGUAGUUUCGUUUGAUAAUGUUGAUGAUUUGGAACAGGAGAAGGAUUCUUCAAGUGGAAAAGACUGUGAUGAUACUACUAAAAUGAAUCAUUUGGAGAGCGGCACAGACCGAAGUAGCCGAUCGAGAAUUGGUAGUUCUUCGGAUAUUCGAAACGAGAACGGAGAAUUGGACUACAAAAAACUGUAUGAACAGCAACUCGCAGAGAACGACCGACUGAAAGACAAAUUAAGGAAAUCUGACGAGGAGUUGCGAGAAACCAAACAAACUUUGGAAAAAAUUAACUUGGUCACAAGUAAAAAUUCCUUAUCCGAACUAGAAAAACGCGAAAGGAGAGCCAUGGAGAGAAAACUUAGUGAAAUGGAAGAGGAACUAAAGCAAUUACAAAAGUUGAAAGCUGAGAACGAACGCCUAAAGGCCGACAACAGAUCACUCACACGUGUCAUCAAUAAACUUACCAACUCUGCAAUGUAAUAGAAUUUGGAAAAUCUUAAAUCCGAGAACCAGAGGUUGAAGGAUGAAAAUGGUGCUCUUAUCAGAGUGAUCAGCAAACUGUCAAAGUAGCAUAAGUUUUAGUUGUUAUCAUUCAUGCAUUUUAUGUUAAGGUGACUUUAAUAAUUUAUUGUUAGAAAAUAAUGAAAAUUCAGGAUUUCCCAUUUUUAUUCACGUUGAAAGUUAGUUUCUUUAACACAGAUUUGUAGUAGUUAAAUUGAAUCGUACUAUUGUGGACGCGAAUGAAAAUAGGACGCGAAAAAAAGAAUAUGAAGCUGAAAUAGAGGCUAUCGAGAUGGAAAUUGUAAAGAAAAUAGCAGAUGAAGAAGAAGUAACGAGAUCAUUAGGUAUAUAACAGGUCACAAACAAUAAAAGAAUAUACCCAGACACAAAAAAAUAAACUAAUGUGAUCGUAGAUUCCAGAGACAACUUUAAAGUAAAUAUUACUAGCAUCCAAGAAAGAUAUGGAUAUAACACACCAUAUAAGAGAUAUAUCCCCGAAAAAAAGUAAAACUGUUAAGAGAGGAUCUACAGUCCUUAUCUAAAGAAACUCAAGUUGUUUACCGAGUUGUGUACUUUACGAGUUUUUUGCGUACUUAGAGGUUUUUUAUAAACUGUACAGAAGUAAACAAAUACUUCAUAAAAACGUUUCUGUGGGGAUUGAUACUCGGCUAUUUUAAAUAUAUUUAUUAAAUAAAUACAUGUUUUUUUGUUUAUACCUCAUAAAAGUCAUUCUUAUGAUCCAAAAAAAACAAACAAUCCAUUUGGCAUACUUAUUUGUUUGUAGACCUGUAACUUUUACAUAUAUAAUGUAAAAAAUUUAAUCUAAAGUGUGAUAAUGUAUGCAAAAUGAGUUUAAACUUGUAUAAAUCUUGUUUUCGAGAAAUGUUUUCGUCAUUUUUUGAAAUUCCAAAUAAUGUCUGUUUGUUCUGUUACUAACGAUUCAAGACAUUAAGCCAGUUUUAUAACAAGGUAAAAAAAUGCAUCGUUUGUUUCAAUCAUCUAAUUAUUAGGGUCUAACUAUACUACCGCCUGUACUCAGUUCGAUACCGAUUCUACAUAAUAUCGUGGUCACAUUUACGUUCUGGUAUCGCUCCUAGUUUUAUAUUAGUUGGUGAGAAAUGCUUCAUUGCCAUUGGCGAAUAUUAUGUUUGUUCUAUUACUAAACAUUCAAUAGAUCUUGCCAAUUCUGCUUCGUCUAUCAGUAUACCUUCUGUCGUUAAUAGGUUCUUUUCCCACUCAGCGACCUUUGGUCUAUAUUUUGUGCUUUAUUGUUGCUAAUGUAGCCGUUCCUGUCUAAAUUUCUCUGUUGAAUGUUUCUUUUAAAAAUAUCCAUCAAAGUUUCUUAAAUAUGUAAAUAAAUUAUUCAUUAUGACCAUCUUUGCAGAAGAGCCCACAGCUCUGCGUUUCCUCCUUGAAUUUUGAUCAAAACUGGUAUUGUACCUUGUGUUCUCUAUCUACUAAAACUUUGAAUAUCACACAGUAUGUUUCACGAAAGUUGCGCAAUGAUUUGCUCGAGAGAUGUUUCAACAGUGUAACAGCAUACUUUGGCAUGCUCCUCCUAAUUUCUUGGAAACUGUUAUUUUGGAGUCGACACGUAUACCAAGUCGUAAUAAUUCCUGGUUUGUUUCAAUAAUGUCAUUAUUAGGGUCUACGUACACUAAUAUCGUGUUCACAUUUACGAUAUGGUACCGGUCCAAUUUUUGUUGUUAGCCGAUGAGAAAUGUCAUCCCAUUGUAUAUUACAUUUAAUUUUUAUUAAAUUCAGACUUUGCGUGAUAUUAAAGAUGGUAUUCAAAAAUUUUAAAGCAAAAACUCGAGUUGUAGAUUGGUUUGUUUAUAUUUUAACAUUAAGAACCUCAUUUUUAUCCGAUUUAAUUUCUAACGUAAUAUAUAUGGCAAAUUAUUUAAGUCUAAUUCGUUAGUAAUACCAAUACACUUCAAAGUAUCUACGGAACGAUAUUACGUAAGAAUGUUUUAUGUUUUGUCGGAUCGGAAGCGUAUCGAGAGCAGUCCGAUAGUGUGAAUAGAUAGUUCAUUCUUUCUGCCGCAUUAUUUCAAUUAUGUCCGCCCGGUCGUAAGGAUGCAAAGACCUAUCAAAUUAAUUUUAGAAAAUCUGUGUUUUUGAAAAAUAUUUUACAUAAAAAUGGCAAUUCCAAUAAAAAUGUGAAAGUAGGGGGCCUUACACUUUUUAAUAAAGAAAUCAGGUUUGGCCCAGAAUUCGGCGUCUUUUAAUUUAUAUUAUUUUUAUUUAUAUUAUACAGGGUGUCCCGAUAGUAUUUGUUAACAAAUGAACUGUCUAAUCAUUGUAAAAAAGAAAAAGAUUAAUUUUAUGUUGAUUUAAUCUUUGUAACCAACAACACUUAGAUUAAGUACUUUUAGUUAUUCAGCUACAGAGUGUAAAUAUUUUUGUUCUGGAUAAUCUAACUUUUUAUCUCAAUACAUAGGAUAGAGAAGAGCAGUGGGUACAGGUAGGUAAAGGUAAAGGUAAAAAAAAAGCCUUUGACAGAUCGCAAUGCAGCGUUUGUUCUUUAGCUGGAACCAUUAGCAUACAGGAAGAUUAAAAAAGGCACAUUUAUCUCCCAAGUUUUCUAGUUUAUUCAUGUUCAAUGUUUCCGUGGUGAAAUUAAUGACAUAUACUAAUGGAACACCCUGUACAGUACCCGAUGUACAAACCCUAUGCCGUGAGACAUUUUUUUAAGUCUCAACGAUAAUGUUAGAGUUUUAUUUGGGAGUUAAACCUUUUUGGAAGAAGUUUUAAGCACGAAAUCUUCAUGUUAAAAGUUGAUGUUAUGAGAAAAACCGUGACGUUUUUAUAUAGUGAAAUUUUUUGUAAUUGUACGAGGUAAGUGCCAGAAAUUCUUGGUUUUUGUAGACUGAAUUGUUACAAUUGAAUUUUAAAAUGUUUCGUUAAUACGCAUAUACAGUUUUUUAAUUAUAAAUUAAUAAAAAUCAAUUUUUAUUACCGCGCUGAGCAGAUGGACGUGAAUUAUAAAUUGUAAAAUUCCCUCAUCUUCCUUAGUCUCAGCAUCCGUUAUGGCUUGUAAAUUGUAGAAGCCUCGGAGGUGUUACCAGAGAAGGUUCCCAUUGUUUUCAGUCUGGUAAAAUGUAGAAUAGUAUUUUUGGAUGUUGUUUUAUAUGCUAUUAGAUUGAAAACUUAGUUUUUUGCUAGCAGUUGCCGCUAGGACAUCUCUGCCAUUUCGAUCGUUGCAAUCUGUAACUGCACGUCGGGGUUUGUCCUGGUUGGGUCAGAGAGAGAGCAGCAUAUGCGUCUCCUGAUGAGAGACAAAUAAAUUUCGAAACCGGCGUAGGUGCUUGCUGCGCUCUCUGAUUGGACUGGAAUAGUGAUGCGGCUGCAGUUUCGUGUUGCAACGAAAUUGAAAAUGAUUAUUCAUUUUUGAUAAUAAAAAUCAGUUUCAGUUAUGUAGAUGGUGGAGGUUUCAAUUAUUGAAAAGACAAGGUAAUAUGGUGACACAAAUAUCUAAGACUUUGUACAGUUUGCUAAACGUUUUACACGUAUUCCACAAUUUAUAUAAAGAGAACUGUAUGAUCUGUUGUAAAGUUGCAUUAUUUUCUUGAAAUGCCGCCUUUUUAUCGUUCGGUUUUUUUGAAAGUGAAAUAUGUACAUUUUUAGAAUCAUCUUUUUGCUUAAAUGACGCUCUGGAACUAACCUGCCUUGCACGCCAUUAUUUCAUUGUUUCUCUUUUAGAUUAUUAUCAUCACUAUCCUGCUAACCCAUGUGGCAUAUUUCAGCGCAAUACAAAUUAGAAUAUACACUUAGACUGAGAAUUUAUGGUACCUACGUCGUACAAUCUGUUGUAAAAUUAAAAACAUAACAUCAUAUUAAAAUUAAUUAUCGAUAAAAUUGUCAUGUUGCAAAUUUACACAAAAAUAUUGUCAAUUGACUCAGCGUGUUCCGAAUCUGGCCUUGAUUUGCGAAGAAAAAAUCUAUAUAGAAAUUCUACAACAAAUCGAAAAAUAUCAAAAAGUUUCAUUGUUUAACAAUGAAGCUGGCCAAAAUCGUUCAGGUGUCGUAUAGUGGACAUUUCAGUUUGAUAAGUACAUGUUUCUAGACUUUUCUUUCUAGUUCUUUUUCCUGUCUUACCAGGGAGAGUAUUAUUGUCAUCAUCAGUGGUGCUACAGUCCUAGUUGAGCAUUGACCAUCCCUAGUUCUUUUCGCCAAUCGUCCACACCAUCCCUCCAUUUCAGUUUUGAUCUACCUCUAGUCUUAUUUCCUACUAAUAGAAUUUGUAUGGGUGGGUAGUUUUUAUUUGCUCUUGAUAUAUGUCCAGCCCAUCUAAGCAUACUAUUUUUAUGAAAGAUAUUACACCUCUACCAUUUCCUACUACUCUUUAUACUUCUCUUUGAAGAUAAUUUGAAGUUAUAUCGCCUUCUCCAAAUACCAUUCUCACAGAUUGCGUCCAUAAUUAUUCUUAGUAUCUUCCUUUCGAAGACGAGCAGAUGAUUUGCAUCUGUUUUGGAGAUGGUCCAUGUUUCUGAUCCAUAUGUCGGCACUGGUAGGAUGAGUGUUCUAUAUAUUGUUGGUUGGAAUCGCUGGCAACAUUUUGGUUUUCUUCCCGUUUAUUAUAAGGUCUAUUAGGGUUUACGAAAAAACCAAAGUUUAUGUUGUUCUGAAGCUAUUUUCUUGUGGCAUUUUUACAAUUUUAACUAUUUAGAAUGGGAAAUAAGCCACAAUAUUAUUAAAAAAUGAUUUUUAUUAACGUUUCGACGCCCAAAUCGGGUGCCGUUGUCAAAAUACAAAAUACUAUUAAUAUAAACAAAAAUGUUGUUGCUUAGUAAAAAAAUUCUUCUAAUAAUUUAUUUAAUUUGACUCAUUUAUAUCGGCAAUUCAGAUACAUAUGAUACAAAUUCUUCUAAUAAUUUAUUUAAUUUGACUCAUUUAUAUCGGCAAUUCAGAUACAUAUGAUACAAAUGUAUCAUAUGUAUCUGAAUUGCCGAUAUAAAUGAGUCAAAUUAAAUAAAUUAUUAGAAGAAUUUUUUUACUAAGCAACAACAUUUUUGUUUAUAUUAAUAGUAUUUUGUAUUUUGACAACGGCACCCGAUUUGGGCGUCGAAACGUUAAUAAAAAUCAUUUUUUAAUAAUAUUGUGGCUUAUUUCCCAUUCUAAAUAGUUAAAACCAAAGUUUAAAAAUGUUGAUCUCCCCUGCUGUUGUCUGGUGAUGGGUAGCCAAUAAACCCUCAAUUUCAAAUUUCAGUCCAAAAUGUUAACCUUAACCCGUUUCCCAAGCCCAUCAAAAUUUUUUUUUUUUGGUUUUUCAAAGAUUUUUUAGUCAUUUUUCCCGGUAUAACUCUCCCGGUUGUUUUCUGGUGAUGCGUAGCCUAUAAAGCUUAAUUUCAAAUUUCCACCCAAAAUGUGUACCCUUACCCUUGUCUGAGGUGUGCAGCAACCAAGACAUCUGCAAAAACGUACUUUACACCUACUUAGACAUAUUCCAUGUUGUAGAAUUUCUAUUUGAUCACUUAAGAACUGAAAACAAUUCUGUCCAAACCUAGUUUUCAACCAUUGAAAAUUGCGUGGACCGUUGUCAGUUUUUUAUACGACUCCGAGUAUUAUUGUUUGUAUUUAUUGACUUAUCGACAAUAUUUGAAUAUGUAAUAUAUAUAAAUGAAGUAGGUAGUUAGGAAUUAUAAAAGAAACAAACUUUGAGUUGCUUAAUGUAGACGUUCCAUAUUUACAAUCAUUGUUAUACGUAUUUUUAAAGGUGCAUUUAUGCAUGCUGGUCAAAUCAAUCGAGUAAGCAAUCUGUAAAGCUGUUUUGUAUGUACUGAUGCAGUUGAUAAGUGAGUAACUGCAAAAUGAAGUUUCAAACGAAUAGGCCUGGAUCCCGCGUACCAAAAAAAGUUUAUUAAUAACAAGCUAAAGAUUUGUUAGUAGCUUAACGGUGUCUAGUCGGACAAACUUUGAUGUACGGGAACACUGGAACAGGGAAGUUUUAAUUGUGGAACAGGUUAAAAAUUUGUAACGUCAAACUACGAAAACGUCUCAUGUAUUUUGUCGGACAGAACUUCCAGUUGAUUUGUUACCCUUUCAUUAAACUCUCAUGCAAAAAUCAGCCUACUAUUUACCAAUAAUAUAAUUCCUGGCAUUUGAAAUGUUCUACGUGUCGAACUUAUUAACACUUUAACAACUCCUGGGCCCAUUUAUUCUCAUAAGUUUGGCCACUUUUUGGCGCUUGAAUAAGUUCUACUCUUGUGUAUCAAAUUCAUACACCUAGGCUCAGGGAGAGUACCUGUUAUGUAUUGUGUAUGAUACACGUAGUAGUCAAAGUGUUAAAAUACCCAACAUAUCGAGGGUUCAAAGACAGUACCUCGUAAGUAACAAGUAGCUAAUUUUACAGGAGGAACAAAAAACUGUUUAAGAGUUGAUAAGAUGUAGUUUCUUUUUGAAAUCUUUUAGAUUUAUUGUAUUUUAAACUUCCUGAUUUUGUAAGUAAAAUAAAAAAAAGUGUGAAGCAAAAUUUAAAAAAAAUUAAGUCACUUACGAGGUAAUGUCUGUGUUUGUCUGUCACAUACGAGGUAAUAUUGAUUUCUUUAAUUUGUAUUUAUUUAAUAAUAAAUAGAUAAAUACAUACUUACCUAAAUAAAAACUACAUAAAACAGAAAAGGAAAAAAAGCAAAUUAAUAUUAGUUUAUUCUGAUUGUUAAAAUCUAAAAAACAAGGUAACAAAAUCCUAAAAUUAUGGCAAUGAGGAACAAAUCAUGCACUAGUACUAAUAUUAUGAACAUUAAUUAAGAUUAAGACUUAUACGGCAACAAAUCAUAAAAAGACCAACAGUCUUUAGGAAUAACUGAGUUGAUUAUUUGUAGGUGUUCAUACUUUGUUUUUGAAAUUGCUGGUCUAUUUUGAAACAAUGGGGGAAAUUUAAUAAUAGAAAAAUCAACAUUUUUUUGGUCUAGUUGGGAUUUCUUCAAAGGAAUCUUCAAAAUUGAUUUUAAACAAUAUUGUUCCAAUAGUAUAUCUUAAAACACGAAUAUCUGUAACUGUAUUACCACCAACUAAUUUACUAGGUCUAAUAGAGUUAUAUUUCAUAACAUUUUCGUCGCCAAAAUUUUGGAAAAGGUGUAAUCAAAAUUUACUACUGUAAAUGGAUUUUUAUGCCUAGCUUCCUUUGUUAACCUUAAAUAGUCAUUAGGAAGAUAAAUUUCCCUAUUUUUUAGGACUGUCUCAAUAGAGCUGUGCACUGAAUCACACUCCAUUUGCGUGUGACCUUUUUCUAAAAAUUUUUGGUCAAUAAUGACAUUGUAUUUUUCAGAUAAGAAAAAGAAAAAGAAAAAAAUUUGUCAAAAAAGAAAAAGAAAAAAAAAGAAGAAAAGCAAAGUAUUAGACAUUACACUGUUCCGGUUUUGGGCAUUACACCCAUCAGAAUAGAUACAUAGUUAUGGGAAGUUUGUGUGAUGAGUUCAGAAAAUGUUCUUCCAAAUAAUGUUUCAGAAAAGAUGCUUAGGUAGAAGCCUGACCAUCUGCCUCUGUCUCAUUGUACCAAUAGCAACUAGCUUGGCUAAUAGCCAAAUUAUAGAUAGUAUAAUUAUGGCAGCAAAGUUUAGUUUUAUAGUUGAGUGCACUGGCCGGUAAUUGAGGAGAUAGUUUCACUGACUGAACAUCCAUGAUAAUAACAAAAAGUUUUCCUUCAAUAGCCUACUUUUUGUCACGUUCUUUCUCACUUCUAGCUCGAUCUUUUCUGAUUAUGUGGUCAUUAUAUUCAUUUUCAGAUAAAUUUCCAUUUUUAAAUUUAAAACAACUGUCACACUGGUCUUUGCGUGGAUGAAAAAUAGACAACUUCAUUGUGUCCAUCAUAGUUCUUAAACAAGUGUGAGUUAAUGGUGUCUUUCCAUUUUUUUGUAGUAAGCCCUUUACAAAUCUGAAACAGACUGAAACACUUGCUCCAGAUAAAGUCACGCCUAUAAAUAAAACAGUUUAUAAGAGAAAUAUUAAUCAACAGCAACACAAACACUGCUUUAGACAGCCAAAUUAUGUUGUAUUUAACAGAAUAAAUACAGUUGAUUUUAAUACCUAGUAUUUUAAUACCACUUUAAAUACCUAGGAUGUUGGAUAAACGAGACACUAAAUCCGGAUGAAGAAAUUAAAACUCGUAUAGAAAUUGCAAGAGGAGCAUUUAUGAAACUUAGAUCUAUUCUGAGCAACCCUCAGCUGAACUUACAACUAAGAAUCAAGUUCCUAAAAUGUUAUGUGUAUCCUGUAUUACUAUAUGGAUGUGAAACAUGGAUCAUGAAGGUUAACAUGAUGAACAAAUUAGAAGCCUUUGAGAUGUGGUCGUAUCGUAGAAUGCUCAGAAUAUCUUGGGUUCAACGCAUUUCAAACAGAGAAGUCUUAAACAGAGUAGGUCAAGGCGAAGGUGAUUUAAUGAAGAUGAUAAAAAAGAGAAAACUUGAAUAUCUGGGGCAUAUAAUGAGAGGUAGCAGAUACAGGAUGCUGCAGUCAAUACUCAAUGGAAAGAUCGACGGAAAAAGAGGAAUUGGUCGAAAGAAAUAUUCAUGGCUCCGAAACCUUCGUCAAUGGACUGGCUUAUCAGCAGAUCAAUUAUUACAUGCCGCACAAGAUCGAGAACGAUAUCGGCAAAUUGUUAUGGAAGCUACCCACGCCUAAAAAUUUGGGCACGGUACUUAAAGAAGAAGAAAAUUUUAAUAAAAUCUCCAUUUUACCUUUAAACUUCAAAUAACGGCGAUCAAAACAAAACACUCAAACAUGCCCACUGACGUACUGUACAAACUGCACCAUACGAGGUCCUGGUUUUAAAAUAUUUUUACGGCGCAUUUACGAGUUAACGUUCCCUUACAGUUUUCUACCUAAGGCCUGAAAUAUUUGGUUCUUUAGAACCGCCAAUAGAUGGAUCUGUAUGUCCUAAACUAGAUUAAGCACAAAACCGAUUUUAAUAAAAAUGUCACUUACGAGGUACUGUCUUUGAACCCUCGAUAUUCGUCGGACAAACAUUUUUUCAUAUAUUAUAUCAAGUUUUCUAUUGAAUAACAGGGGCGGCUCGUGAUAGUACAAGAUGGUGAGGCACACUACACUUGAGGAAUAUUAUUAUUAUGGUUAGCUUCUCUUUAACAGCCUGGAGGUCGAUUUUGUGACGUCAUAACGUCACAGAACGACACCGUAUUUAUUUUAAGGCUUGCAAACCAUAUUAGAUAAUAAUUUUAUUCGCAAAAGAAUGGCAACACAGGUUGAUACUCAUAGUAGCUGUUUUUUUAGCUAAAAAUAAUUACUAUGAUACCAUACCACAUAUCAAAACAUUAUGAAUCAGAUGUUUCGUCCUUCUUUGGUCUCAUCAGCGUUGUACAGCCAUAUUAAGCAAAAUAAUUUACAUUAUAUUAUAUAUACUAGGUACAUGACAACAACGGACAACUGAUUCUGUUAUUACUAAUCAGUUGCCAAAAUGAAAUUAUUGUACGCAAACAAUAGGGAUUUUCAUCGAUGUCAUUUGUUUCGAGCUUCUGUCAUAUUAUUAUGUUGUAUAAUUUGUGUAUAAUAUUAAUAUACACGGAUUAUAUGACAUAUGACAGAAGGUCGAAACAAAUGAAUGUAAAUGAAAAGCCCUAUAUAAUUACCUACAAACCCGUGAUAAUUUCAUUUUAGAACUAAUCUUUAAUCUUAUAUUGUAAAUGUAUUCAAUAUAGGGAAAUAGAAACAAGCAAUAAGCAAAUUACUAUAUUAUAAGAUUUUCCAAAAAUUAUUCUCAGUUCAAAUUGUAUUGCUGCCGGCCGAUUAUUUCUGUCGGCUUCGUAAUAUGCUAGACAAGGCACCAUCAGAGGCAUGGAUCUACUAUGCCUCUGCUAUAUAAUUUGAGAAAGUGGACAUGACACGCAUAUACCCUCCCACGUAGAGAAGUUUUAUAAUAAAAAUAAAGGUAUUUAGCAAAUUUCACAAAGUUAAAUUGUAUUUAAAGAAUUUAUGAUGAAAUAACGAAAAUAAGGUAAAGAAUUGAUGAUGAAAUAACAAAAUAACGUAAAUAGUCGAUUAAUAUACUGGUGAGGCACUGCCUCACCUGCCUCAUAGGACCAGCCGCCACUGUUGAAUAAACUUAAAAAGAGCCUGCUAGUUUUCCAAUCAUAAACUUGUCAGGACGACAAGUUCCACAAUUAAAAUCACGUUCCACAAUUAAAACGUUCCCUGUUCCAGUGUCUUCGUACAUCAAAGUUUGUCCGACUAGACACCGUUAAGCUAUUAACAAAUUUUUAGCUUGCUGUUAAUACACUUUUUUUGGUACGCGGGAUCCAGGCCUAGAACCUAAAGGCGAAAUUACACGGUUCAACUGAAUUGAAUCACUUUGGUUGAAUGGAGCAGAAUGAUAUUUAAGGAGAAAUUACACGGUUUAAACGAAACACUGCAGGAUUGUAAAAAUCUCUGCCUGAAAUACAGAGGCAUAUUCUCCUAGUGGACUUUAAAUGUUGAACUUUCCACCACUACAGAAUAUAUUAUUGCGCCCGAUCAUUUUGCAGUUGUAGACCCGUCUGUAUACCAAGUGUAACCCUGCAGUCUGAGUCGAGAGUUUCCUCUGUUCCAUUCCUCUCGUGGGCAGAUGUCAACUUGAAAAGGUACUUCAGGCUUGUAUCUGGAUGUCAUAUGGUCAGAAAUCAUGAUCCAUUCGGCAUUGCUAGUUUCAUUUAUUAUGCUAAUAUGCCUGAUUUAACUGGCAAUUGCUCAGAUUUUCUCGCAGCCUAUAAUGUCUCAUUCUCGCCUCAUUUCUUAUAAUUAUAUGUAGAGGAGGGAAAUCCAGUAGUGCCUUUUUUUAUGCACUUUUGGCCACCAUACCACUGAUCCAUAUGUAAUUGUGGGUUUUACCACCAUGUUAUAAAUCCAAUGUACCAUGUCUGGUCAAACACCCCAUAUUUUUCCAUGAGUGCGUCUCGCUACCAUUAACGUAGUUACCACCAAUGGAGACCAUGGACAGGAAAGAGAGCAAGAGGACGACCCCAUAUGAGAUGAGCACAAAACAGAAGCGAGUGGAGGAAACUGGGAGCCUAUGUUCAAAAUUCGAAUUAAAGGGCAAGAAGGUAGUUAAAAAAACAUACACCAGACAGCAAAAUGGGUAAUGCGCGCGCAAGUCACUCAACCAAUUCGAUUGACAUGCGUAAAGCACGUUAAAUCGUGUUAGCGUUUUUUACAUUUUUACAUUUCGCUGCAUUAAAUGACUCAAAGUUUGGUUACUCUAUAUAUAAAAUAAUUAAAAAUCCGUUCUUGUUAUGUAUUUUCCUUUCUCUAAUGUGUGAUAUAAUAUUUGCUUAAAGUAGUACUGUCAUUGCCAUUUUUAGUUGUUUAACAAUUACUUAUCAACUAUUUCUUACUCACAAACCCUUCCCCCACCAUAUAUAUUAUACAUUUUUUUUAUUAAUGUUAAACUUCGUAUUUUAUACUUAGUUAGGUUGAAUAUCAUAAGCACUACAUAAGAGGAAGAUAUUUCAAGCAGUACUGUCAGAAAUGAUAUUUAAAAUACAUUCUAAAAAAAUUGCCAAAACAUGGUAUAUAUCACUUAUCUGUUUUAAUCUAAUGAUUUAUAAUAAAAUCAUAAUGAAGAUGCAAUAGAAGUAAAUAAACCAAGACACUUGAAUAUUACGAGGAGUGAGGAGCAGUCCCAAAUCAUGAUUUACAAUAUAAUGUGUGGUCCCAAAUUAUUGUCACCAUAGGUUGCUCUGAAUGACAGAGAUAGCUAUACAGUGCAUGUCCAUUCUUAAUUCAGAUAUACCAGUUUACGUCAACUUUGCAGUGUACAUCAACUUAACAAAAAAAGUUAGGUUAUGUUGAGAUGUUGGUGGUGGACAUAUACAGCAUCUUGUUUGAUUUUUAUUUAUUAUUGUUACUUAUAAUUUUGUUAAUUUUUUUUAUUUUUGAUUAAAGUUCUGUGUUAAAGGUUUUGACUGAUUUUUUAUGUUUUAUAAUGUUAAUCGAUAAACCAAUGAUAUAAAUUCAGAUUAAAACAAGACAUACGUAAUUUUUUGCACGGCUAGUUUUGAUCCCAAUAAUAAAAUUGUGGAUAGCUCGUUACCUAUAUACAUUGUUAAUCCCAAAUCAUGAUUUACAAAGUUUAAACCUUGUAAAUCAUGAUUCGGGUGUGCUCCUCGUAGCAUUUAACGUGUCUUGGUUUGUUUAUUUCUAGUGCAUAUUUAUUGUGAUUUUAGUAUAGUGUCUCAAAUGGCAAUCGGCAGAAGAACUACCAAGUAAAAGGUGUGAGUAUCUGUGCAUCUGUUGGAGCACUCUCAUUUGCUGCUUCUCAAGUUGUGAUGACAUUAAAGAAAAACUAAAUAUCUUAAUGUUAGAUUUUGUUUCGACUUCCGGUUUCGAGAAAAUUAGAAAAAUACAUUUACAUACUGAUGGGAUUAUAGCAACGUAGUCUGCUAUCCCUUGGACCUAUGGCAUACAAGGAAGGUCACAAGGCCAGUGCUACCUUUCAACUGCCUAUUAUCACCCCUGGUUUUACCCAAAGUGCUCAUUUUGUUCAGGCUGAGUCGACCUGGUGCCUGUAGAUAUUUAAAAAUAUCUAGGUGUUCUCGCCGGCGCUGGGAUUCGAUCCCCGGUCUUCUGCGUGAAAGUCAGACACUCUACCGCCUGAGCUAUCCAGCUCUAGAAUUCAUCAUAUAAGUGAAAAAUACUUUAUCAUCAUAUAAGAAAUAAAUGAAUUAUUUCUUUUAUAAUCCUUAUUAAGUAAAUGUAUGUUAGACGACCCACAAACUUUUCUAAAUAAUGUCACCUUUCACUUCAUGUUUGAUUUGUCUAAAAUUCAAAGUUAUUAGAAAAAUGUAUUUUUUGUCCGAAAUUGGUGAGUAUAAUAGAUAACACAGUGAACCAAGCAGCAGUGUGUCGAUAUGCGAGUGCAACUGAGCAUCGUCAAUGCGCAUAAACAAUGGAUCUGUUAAUUUUCCGUGUUAUAUGACUCAGUGUUGCCAAUCGGCGUAUAAUUAUCCGAUUUGCGUAUCUUUUUGAGAGUUGUCGUAUCUUUAAAUAAAUCGGAUAUUUGCGUAUAUUUUUCAGUGUAUCUACCAACCUACUACAACAGACUAAUAACAAAAAUAAACUGCUACGGAAAAAAUCAAGAUAAGGGAGAAAAGGGACCUAUGCGAAUUGUUUUGUUUAAAAUUUAAAUGCACAAUGCACAAAUGUUUCCACUUAAGGCAUACUGAUCCAACUCAAAUUUCAAAAACAGGGAUUCUGCCGUCCGAUUUUAUUUAUGGUUUUUUUGUCUUUGAUAGCCACUGCACGAUUUAGUUUUAUUUUUAUUUUAUGUAGUGCAAUGCUUAAGUAAACGUCUGUUGAAAUAAGUUUUGGUUUGUGAAAAUACUUUUUUAUAAUGGAUAAAUGGUAAAAUUAGAAAAUGAAGCUAAUAUAUAUUUGUUUCCUAAUUAAAAGAAGUAUUUUCAUUUCUAUUUGUUCUACCAUUUUCAAACGCUAGUGUAGAAAGGGUUUUCAGUAAUGUAUUCAAUAUAAAAAAGAUAAAAGAAACCAGGAGGAUCCCGGUUAUAGCCCCCGGGAUGGGGGGGGGGGUUAUAACUACUGGAUGGUCUCUGGAAGGGGUGGCCCCCAAAAUCGCAACUUUGAAACGAGAAGUAUAAAAAAAUAUGCCUGUAAUUUUUUGAGCAUUAAAAAGUGAGUACAAAGACGUACAAAGUUUUUUGUAAUUCCAUCUCCAAUUUACCCUGCACUUCUCGUAGACUGUUAUUGAUGAGGUAGAGUUGUUACUUUUGGGUCGCACCCCUCUGGGUGGUAUGGAGAGCUCAAAGUACAUCCAAAUGGGAGGGGGCUAUAACCCCAAACCCCACCCCCAGGUUACGCAUAUGAGCCUAUCUUUUCGUGAGAAAUCGGAUCUUUUUCGAGCGAUCAUCGGAUAAUAGAGAAAUGCGGUUGGCAGCACUGUAUAUGACAGAAAAGCUUGCUUCUAGGUUUUCAUGCUUCAUUAUUUUCACACCUUUAUUAAUAAUUGUUUUUUGUUUGUAUUGUUUUCUCUUUAUUUAUUUCUAAAUGCAAUUCCUAUGAAGCUUUGAUCCUGCUUAUUAUAAAAACGCAUUCCGAUUCUUGAUCUAAGUGUACGUGGUAUCCAAGAACACUUGAUCUAGGAAUAUACAAGACAUGUGGCAUUUUUAUUUUUAUACUGUUGCUUUAAUUACUAUCAUACAUUAACAAUUGAAUUAGGCAUAAAUAUAAAGAACGACAAGGCUGUAAGAUAUUAGGGCUACGACAUACUAGGCUUCCUGGGGAUUCUGGCUGUUGCCUGGAUAGUUGAGUUCAGACUUUAACCGAAACGUUUAAAAAGUCGAAUAACUUUGUCAAUUUACACAGCUGUUAGGCCUGGAUCCCGCGUACCAAAAAAAAGUUGAUUAAUAACAAGCUGAAAAUUUGUUAAUAGCUUAACGAUGUCUAGUUGGACAAACUUUGAUGUACGGGAACACUGGAACAGGGGAAGUUUUAACUCUCAUGCAAAAAUCAGACUGCUAUUACUAACCAACAUGAUUCCUAUCAUUUGACAUGUUCUUCGUGUUCCACUCAUUGAAAUGACCAGUUGGUGAUAAACACCAGUCUGAUUUUUGCAUGAGAGUUUAAUGAAAUGGUAACAAAUCAAUUGGAAGUUCUGUCCGAUAAAAUACAUGGAACGUUUUCGUAGUCUGACGUUCCAAAUUUGAACCUGUUCCUCAAUUAAAACUUUCCCUGUUCCAGUGUUCCCAUACAUCAAAGUUUGUCCGACUAGACACUGUUAAGCUAUUAACAAAUAUUCAGCUUGCUAUUAAUCAACUUUUUUUUGGUACGUGGGAUCUAGGUCUAUGUCUUAUUCAGUUUUCUACUAAAGGAAUCAAUGCUAGCAGUAUUAUUCAUAUGAGAGCCUUAGAAGUAAAGGAGUUAUAAGUGACAAAAAGAAAAUUUUGAGUAAACGCCGUUCAAAGUUGUGCCUUCACUGUAAUUGCCAUGAUUUUUUAAAGCUAGUUUUUCUUCUUGGGUUAAGUAACUGUAGGCAUUAUUAUUUUUCGUUGCAACAAAAAAUCAUAAUUUUAUUGGCUACUCAUUUUGGAGCUAUUUUUAGGAUACUAAGUAGCACUUGUACCCUUUUAUUUCUAAGAAAUGCAACAUAAAGGCAAAAAAUGUAAAAAUAUCAUAACGCUUUUGUACACCAUGUUGUAUGUGUUGUUUAUUCUUCACCAUAGCACUAAUAUAUAAUUAUUUUUGAUUUCUGAUUCAUCGACAACAGUAUCGUAAUGGUGAUCCACAUUGUCAUUUUCGACAUCUGCUUCUUCAAAGUUUGCUAGUUCUCAAUGUUGUUGACCAUCAUGUCGCAGAUUUAUGAAAAACUCAUGGUAAAUUGGAGGUACGUAGUUGAGUAGAACGGCAGAGUUUUUGCCAGCUUGAGCGGGUUAGAUAGAUCACUAAACUCUUAUAUAUGCUACCUCCAGCUGUUUUAUUGUAAAACAGGGUUAAAGGUUUGUCCUGUUGAAAAUGUAACAAUUGCAUACUGUGUAUUACCUGUGUGUUACUUGUGGAAGUAACCAGCUCCAUCCAGUGUUGAGGUACAUAUAGGUUCUUUUCUUAUUUAACUAUCAAAUCAAAGUCUUGGACACACUCAUUAUAAGAAUGGCCACUUAUAAAAAAGCAAUGAUCUUCUGUUUGAAUAUUAGUGUUUCUGACAAUGUAGAACCAAAAUUUGUCUGCCAAAUGACUUACUUUUGGCCUCUACAGCUGUCGCUAAAUGCAGUUAUGUAUUUCACGGAUGGACGAAGGCUUCUGAUAAGAUAUUAAGAGACAAGACGAUAUUUCCAGACAUUCACGUGAAGCUUGACCUUCGUGUCACAUAAAGAAUUUGAUCGUUCCAAUCUGUUGGUUAUGGACCCCUAUGUCCAUAGUUGCCUUAAAUAAUAUGGUUUAGAAGUUGACACAUUAGGAGUUGGCAUAGUUUUUUGCAAGUCGGAAAUGGUCGCAACUUUACUAGCAUCCUUUAGGUCAUGACACUCAUUUUUUGCUGUUGCAAUUAUCUCAAUAUUUGCAAAAAUGUCACUUAUACCCCUUUACUUCUAGCGUCGUCAUAUCAUGUUAAGAAAUGAAGUUAAAUAAAAUAGAUUAACUCGUUUCACCACCUCGUGUGGCAACAAGUUGUAUUUAAAGCAUUGUCUAAUUUUGCAUUUUUUACUGCCUUAUUUAACAUUUUUUUAUUGUUUUAUAAGUUUACUUUGAAGCCUGAAUUGUAGUGACAAGAUAAACCGUAACAUAGAGUAUUAGCAAUUUUCCUUUUUGCAAUAUUGCAGAUCUUCCACUUGAUAUUUUUUAUGUUGGUCAAGUAUAUUUUCACGUUUUGGCAAUUUUUUAGAUAUCUCUAAAUGAUGUAAGUACUUCAUUCUGAAAGUACUCUCAAAAGCAAUUGUCCUUCCCAACGACUUUUUUGUUUUGUCGCGAAAAAUAUGUUACACAUAUGUGAAUGAUUAUUGUUCAAAAUAUAUUUUUGUAAAAUGAAUCCGUACUUAGUUUAUACUAUUUAAAUGUAACAUAUUUAUUUUUGAACUAAUAUAUUGUGCUAAUGUUUGUUUUAAAAAUUAUUGUAUUUUGGUUUUUAGGAACUAUUUGUUGUUCUCGCAUUUUUUGAGAUAUCCUUGUAAUAUAUUAUUCAAAAGAAAUUCAAUUAAAUCUAGUCCAAAGAAAUAUUGUGACUCUAACUCCUGAAAUAUAAACAUGUUUAUGAUG